AGCACAUCCGCCAAGCGGCUGCUGCUGCUCCAAUUCUCUCUUUUAUUCCCUCCUCUCACUCUUGAUUAGCCAAGAAAAUACCUAAAUUGUUUAAACCCUAUAUAAUUGCAGGCAAAAUUACUGCUCCAAUUGCAUUGGAGAGUCAUCGGCGGGUAGUCCUCGCCUUUAUUUGCAGGUUUUCUGGCAGCCUCGACCUGGGGGUUUUUGCGGGAUCGGAGAUUUUAGUUUGGAAUCUUGUUUCAUUCUUUGCUAAGAUGAAGCUCUCUUUCUCCCUCUCCUCAAAGCCCCAAAAUUCAACCCUCAAGAAACCCUCUGCCGCCGCCACCGACGCCGAAGAGUCAAAGGAAUUCGUUACCGAAUUCGACUCCUCCAAGGCCCCAACCGCCAAAAACCGGGAUAAUCGGGUAAUUCCUCCUAAGCCCAACGAAUGGAGGCCGACUAAGAAGAUGAAGAACCUCGAGCUCCCACUCCAAUCUGAUGCUCAAGAGCAACCGAUGCUCCAAUUUGAAGUUGUUGAAUCUGGCUCGUCUGACCCUACAUCUGAGGGUAUGUCCUACGGCCUUAAUCUGCGUAAUUCGGGUAAUGAGGCCGGAGCGAACCCACAGGAAUUUCCUGGUUCGGCAUCUAACGAGGACCCUGUGUUGCAUAAAUUGAGGGAGGAUUUGAAGAGGUUACCGGAGGAUGCUGGGUUUGAGGAGUUUGAGGAUAUGCCCGUUGAGGGAUUUGGUCGGGCGUUGUUAGGUGGGUAUGGUUGGGUUGAAGGCAAGGGUAUCGGAAAGAAUGCGAAAAAGGAUGUGGACAUAGUGGUGUUAAAGAAACGAACUGGUAAGGAAGGGUUAGGGUUUACUGGUGGAUUACCGGAAUUACCAGCUGAAGCCAAUCGUGAAAAUGGUGGUGGGACUAAUAAUAGUAGGAGGAAAGGAAGUGACAGAGAUGGUAAGGAGAAGGGAAGGGAAGAAAAGGACUUUUAUGUGGGGAAAGAAGUGAGGAUUGUGGGUGGAAGGGAAGUUGGGAUGAAAGGUAGGAUACUUGAGGUGAAACACGGUGGGGAAGUUGCAAUUUUGAGGCUUUUUAAGAGUGAGGAGGAUGUAAGUGUUUGUGUUAGUGAUUUAGCCGAUUUGGGAUCAGUUGAGGAGGAGAGGUGUUUGAGGAAGCUGAAGGAGUUGAGGAUUAGAGAGAAAAGUGAUGUUAGUGAUAAGAAAAUUGGCAGAGGUAGGGAUAAAGAUUUGGUGAGCAGUUGGACGGAUUGUAGAGAUAGAGAAAUGAAAGAUAGGAAGAAGGAUGGUAAGAGGGGAAGGGGGGAGAUUAAGGGUAGCGAUAAGUUAUCCUGGUUGACUAACCAUAUCAGAGUGAGGAUUAUAAGCAAGAAUUUAAAAGGUGGAAGAUUGUACCUGAAAAAAGGGGAGGUCGUGGAUGUGGUUGGGCCAACAACUUGUGACAUAUCCAUGGAUGAGAACAGGGAGUUGAUACAAGAGGUGGAUCAGGAGCUACUGGAGACAGCACUUCCAAGGCGUGGAGGACCGGUUUUAGUUUUGUAUGGUAAACAUAAGGGUGUCUAUGGAAGUCUAGUGGAAAGGGAUACAGAGAAGGAAACAGGUGUGGUUAGGGAUGCUGAUUCACAUGAAUUGCUUAAUGUUUGCCUUGAGCAAAUUGCAGAGUAUAUUGGGGAUCCAAGCUACAUAGGUUAUUAGUUGAUUCCUAGUAAUGAGAUGCAGCAUUUCUCGAUUGAUACUGUGUUUCAAAGUUCAAGGUUUCAGCAAGGAAAUUAGGUGUGGACAAUGUGCGAGCACACUGGAUCUUUUACUAAUGCUAUUACAACCUAUGUUCAUGUACGGAACUUGACUUGGGGGGAAGAGUUCAUAGAAAGGACCAGAACUCAACAACUAAGAAAGCUAAAAGCUCAAAAAUGGGUGGAAGAGUUCCUAGAAAGGACCAGAACUCAACAGCUAAGAAAGCUAAAAUCUCAAAAGCUAAAGGAAGCCAAUUUGGACUUGACUACCAUGCUCAAAACUGAAGGAAGGCAACUUGGGCUUGACUACUACUGCAGGUGGCCGCCAUUUCCAAAGACUUGGAGAGCUCCUCGCAAAAAGACCAAAUUUCUGAAUUUUGAAUAUUUGUCAAAAAAAAAAAAAAAAAGACUUCUGCUAUGCACCCUAUGGCUUAUUUCAGCAUGAGCUGAAGUAUAAAAACUCGUGAAAAUUGGAAUGUAAACUACUUUGACUUAUACAUCAAACUUCACAUCUAAAUUGAAAUACAUCAUUGAAAGCAGCUAGAGAACUUGAAAAUCUGGUAUUUUUCUGAAAUUAUGCAUCAGUUUGUUAUUUAAAAGCUGCUUUCCCCAAUUAACCUGCUCUACUUGAAAGAGAUGCUGUUGUUGGACUAGCCAUUUUAGAGUGUGUAGGAAUUGUGUAGAUUUUGCCUUAUCGCUAGUUGUCCCUGCUGUCAUUCAGUUGUUCAACACUUUUUUUCAAAUGGUCCCUUUUAACUGAACAUGCUACAGUUUUGGUCCUGAAAUAGAAAGGUAACGUCUGAGCAUAAGAGUUGAUGAUAGUACUUGGGGGAAUAAUUGAUUAUUUGAGCUAUUUGAUUAUCUCUGGGCAUUUAGUCUGGUUUAUUGAUUCAUCUAAAUUGUUUAUCAUUUGAUUCAAAUUUCUCUUGCGUUCCUACUCCUGAAAUGUGUGUGACCUUAAACUGGACUGACAAAACUUUUAGUUUAAAAUGACCUAAGGAUCAGUUGUUGCAUACCUCCUAAAAUUAGCUUGGCAUAUUAGAAGGUUGAGAUUUAUCUCUUUUGACUGAAUAUUAACCAGCCAAAACAGAGUUGCCUUUUUGAGUUUUGAUAAUUUGGUCUGCGUCAUGUCUACCAGGUCUACAGCUACCUUUUGCUUACUGUUUUGGGCUAUGUUAAGGGUAUCAUGAGAAACCAAUAGCAUUUGAUUUUAGUGUUUUCUAUGGAAUUUUACCUCAUGUUACAAUUAAAGAAUAAUGAUAAUAAUA